AUUUUAGGUGUUUUUUUUAAUACAAUUUAUCAAAUGAAGAGAUUUUAAAAUUAAGUUUAAUUCCACUUUAAAGGAUGGAAUACCGUUUGCACAUUUUUGGCACGCGAGCCACGUCAAAGCCCAUGCAAAUUUGUCUUGACGUCAUCAGUGACGCUCAAAGUGAUUGGCGGAUUUCAGAACGUGACGUGUUUUGAGAAAGGACCCAACUUCCGCAUUACGCGUCGCGUCUGUCUGCAUCUCCUAAAGCUAUGUCGGGUUUCCAGAAGCUUUUAUUAUUUUUUUAAGGACAUUUAUAUAUUCUGAUAAGUUUAGUGCAUUAGUGCUGAAUGUUGCAUUGGAUUAUGAACAGAAAGUGUUUUUGCAUAAACAGUCGGAGUUUUUUUUCCAACGUAAACAACAAAAAACACAACUGAAAAUAAAUACUCCAGGAAAUGACCCGUUAAUAAACUGUGUUAAUGCGUAAUCACAAAUCACGUGAUUAACCCUUAUCCGAGAUGACAUCUGAGACGAAUGCGUUUUUAAAUAUAUAUUUAUAUAAAUCGGGCCAGGGGGAAACGGAUUGGAAACGGUCAAUUUACUCGUCGUGAUGUCAGCGAGUUUUAGGUGCUCGCCGAGAAUGCCUGAGUAGUUGCGGUCUGGCUCUGCCUCACCAAUGACGGUCUCUCCAUGUUGCAUGUCCUUCAGUUCGGCGUGUGGCUUCUUAAAUUGCCAUCACGGAUCCCGAGUUGGAAGCAAAGCGAGCCAGUGGGCUGCUCUUCCUGCGGCUCGCAGUCGGUCAAGCCGCGGUGCUGUCGCGCCAAGCGCGCGGAGCUGUCCAACAACUUUAUGCGCGACAUGGAGUGCCGAGUGCUGUCCAUCCAGAGUCAUGUAGUGAGGGGCUACGUGGGGAACAAAUCUGCGUCCUUCCCUUUACAGGUGAUGGGCUUUGAAGUGGACUCCAUUAACUCAGUACAGUUCUCCAACCAUACAGGUUACGCGCACUGGAAAGGGCAGGUCGUGACGGCGGAUGAGCUCCAUGUGCUGUAUGAGGGAAUCAAGCUCAACAACGUCAACCACUAUGACUACGUCCUCACAGGUUACACCAGGGACACGUCUUUUCUGGAGAUGGUGGUGGACAUCGUACAGGAACUGAAGAUGGCCAAUCCUAAUCUUGUAUACGUGUGUGACCCUGUCCUGGGUGAUCAUGGUUCAAUGUAUGUGCCUCAGAAUCUGUAUCCGGUCUAUAAGGAGAAAGUAGUACCAGUGGCAGAUAUCAUCACGCCUAACCAGUUUGAGGCAGAGCUCUUGACAGGAAAGACUAUCAGCACAGAGAAAGAUGCAGUAGAGGUGAUGGAUCUGCUCCAUAAUAUGGGUCCGGACACGGUGGUCAUCACCAGCUCUGAUCUGCCGCCUAGCCUUGGAGACCGCUUCCUGGUUUCACUCGGCAGCCAACGCAUUGUAAUGCCGGACGGCACGUUCACGACCCAGCGGAUACGGAUAGAGGUGCCCAAAGUAGACGCAGUGUUUGUUGGGACGGGUGACCUGUUUGCAGCUAUGCUGCUGGCUUGGACACACCAUUACCCUACAGACCUGAAGAUGGCGUGUGAGAAAACGUUCUCAGUCAUGUACCAUGUAAUUCAGAGGACCAUUUCUUAUGCCUUCGAGAUGGCAGGUCCUGGCAGAAAACCGAACCCGGCCCAGCUCGAGCUACGAAUGAUUCAGAGCAAAGCAGACAUUGAGGAUCCAGCCAUCGUAAUGGAGGCCACUGUUCUAUAGAAACUCCAUGUACACACACACACACACACACACACACACACACACACACACACACACCAUUCCCCUCUCCCCAUGCCACAAUCGCACAAUGUAUAGAUGUUGUACAUUUUUGGAUCUGUAAUGUGACAUUGCCUUAGAAAUCUUGAACAGAGCACAACAUUUCAUUCAAAGGGAGAAAUAGCAGGGUAUGGCCACAUCGACGAGCAGCAGAGAGAGAGAGAGAGAGAAGGACAGAAUGCUGUGAUGAAAGAGAGGAAAGAGAAAAAUCUCUUUUCUUCAGCUAUUUUCCUCUCUAACCAUGUCUCCUUCUCUGCACUCAUCUUAAACCCCUGUUUGUCCUGCACAUUGAGGAAGCAAUCACAUGCCUGUUUAAUCAAAUUUACCUGAGAAACUGCCAGCACUGAAACGAGCUAAAGUGAAGUGGUUAAUUAGCAUAUCAUUAAGCCAUCAUCAUUAAGGCAAUUCAAUCUUCACAAUGGAAGUUUUAUGUGAUAAAAUGUAGGCCAGCUCUGGAAAAAGAUUUGUAGGCCCCUCUUGCAUGGAUGUUCAGGGGGGAAAAUACUGUGAUUGUUAUUUUAUUGCACGAACACAUGCCUUUAAAAAAAUUGUCUUGUACCAUGUUUUUUUUUUUUUUUUUUUUCUUUCUUUUUUUUUAGUUCUCAUUUAUGUCUGCAUGCUUGAAAUGCGGGAGUAGCAUUUCCACAUGUUUUAAACUGUCUUAGAAAUAUCUAUGCUGCUGUUGUUUCAUUCCAUGUUUUAAAGAUUUACACGAAAGAAUAUUUCGAGAGCAGAGUAUUUUUGUGGAAUUUUUUUUUAACAAAAGGUUAAACAAAAAAUUUUUCACUGCUGCCUUUGCUCAUAUUUACUAAGGGUGCCAGUAUUAGUGGAGGGCACUGUAUUGUGUUAACCGGUAGCUAGCAAGCUAGCUGACAUUUGGCUAACUAUUAUAUUGUAAAAACCUGUAAUCAAUGUUGCUAGCAAGCUAGCUAACACUAGACAAGCUACUGUAUUGUGUAAAACAAGACAUGUAUGAAUUGACAAUAAUUAA